AAGACCCAUUAUUCCUAAGCAGUUAGUUAUGGCUAUCAAACGUCAAGAAUUAUCAUUCCUCCUCUCCUUCCUUGUGCUCACCCUCCUCGUCGACACCUCUCUCGCCGCCGGUGGCAUCGCAAUCUAUUGGGGUCAGAACGGAUAUGAAGGCACCUUAAACGAAACCUGUGCAACAGGAAACUAUUCCUACGUGAACAUAGCUUUCCUCUACAAGUUCGGUGGCGGCCAGACACCGGCGUUCAAUCUCGCCGGCCAUUGCAAUCCAGAUUCAGGUGGUUGCACCAUUUUCAGUAGUCAAAUCACCUAUUGCCAAAGCCUAGGCCUUAAGGUAAUGCUCUCCAUUGGUGGUGGUGUUGGUAACUACACUCUAACCUCAAACCAAGACGCAGAGGACGUCGCCAAUUACCUUUGGAACAACUUCCUCGGCGGUAAUGUAUCGUCGUCGUCUCGACCGCUUGGCAAAGCGGUUCUCGAUGGCAUAGACUUCGACAUCGAGAUGGGAUCGACGGGAUACUGGGACAAACUAGCUAAGUACCUCUCUCAGUAUAGUAAGAAAGGGAGGAAGGUUUACUUGACGGCGGCACCACAAUGUCCUUACCCUGAUAAGUAUCUUGGAACUGCACUCAAUACUGGUCUUUUUGACUAUGUUUGGGUUCAGUUCUAUAACAAUAAUCCUUGUGAAUACACCUCUGGUAAUGUCACAAAUCUUUUGAAUUCAUGGAACACAUGGGCGACGAAAGUUCCGGCCGGGAAGAUCUUCCUAGGGUUACCUGCCUCUUCUGAUGCAGCUGGUAGUGGAUACAUCCCUGCAGAUGUGCUAACCUCUCAAGUGCUUCCAGUAAUUAGGGUUUACUCCAAGUAUGGUGGUGUAAUGCUCUGGUCUAGAUAUUAUGAUCUUAAUAGUGGAUAUAGUUCCUCAAUUAAGAGCAGUGUAUGAAUUGGUAUCCAUCAGUAGUGAUUUUCUUUGUGGGUUUCUAUCCAAUAAUCUAAGUUUGUUUCAGUUUAAUUUUACCAGUCCAGUAGUCCUGUCCUUCCCUUGUUCUGUGGAAAUUGUCUGAGAAUAAGUUCUCUUCCUUGCUUUAUAAUUAAACAACUAAAUACGAAAAGGAUUUAGAAAAUUCAGAUUUAGCCA